CCUUCGGCAUCGCAGGAUGCAGCAAGUGACGUCAAUCAUAUGCCAUGAAAGUUCCUUUAGAACGCGCACCUAGCUAAGCAACGACAAUAUCGACAGUUAUAAUAUUUUGUGUUCAGCUGCUCAGGCCCGAAACUCUUGACUUCCAACUCCAAACAACUUCCAUCUUGACAGACGCUCCCGAUAGGCACACGACUCUGCUAAAGAAAACCACGUGGGUGUCUCGGUGUGUUGAUUGGUUCCCCAUGACAUUGAACUGUGCCAAAGAGGGACCUUAGGUAUGGCCCAUGACCAUCCUUGACUGCCUGACACUCUGCAGCCUGGAAGUUGCGUAUUUUAGAAGCCCUUCUUGUUAAUAACAGUCGCAGAAUCCGCUGUUCCUCUUCCCAAGUAAAAGGCCCUUUCUCGGGCAACUAUGUAAACGCCAACCGAGUCCGGAGAUACAGCCGGUUCAUUUGUCUUGUUGGGCAGCCUGGCGGUCGGAUAUGAUGGUGCUACGAUGCACGGCGCUCUUGUUGCUCUUCAAUGGCGUCAUUGCCGAGCCUCUGGGCGUCGCUGAACCACAGCACGUUCUCCAAAGUUGGGGAAAAGUAGCAACCCCGCGAAAUCUGCAUGGCAGGUUCCUGCAUAUCACGGAUGUUCACCCCGAUGAGUUCUACAAAGUGCAUACGUCCACGGGCAAGGACGAUGCAUGCCACAGAGGAAAGGGAGCUUCUGGCACAUAUGGAGCCGAGACAUCCGAUUGCGAUUCGCCCUUCUCCCUGGUAAACGCCACGUUUGACUGGAUUCAGGCCAACCUGAAGGACCAGAUCGACUUCAUCAUCUGGACCGGUGACAGCGCCCGCCACGAUAGCGACGAGAAAAUCCCCCGCAGCCGCGAUCAGGUUCUGGGCACCAACCGCUGGCUUGCGAACAAGUUCAGCGAUGUGUUCGCCAACCCGGAUGGAAAGGGGUUGUCCAUCCCCGUCAUACCGAACCUGGGGAACAAUGACAUCCUGCCGCACAACAUCAUGUUCCCUGGGCCGAACAAGUGGCUAAGGUACUACACCGAUAUCUGGCGGCGGUUUAUUCCCGAGGAGCAGCGGCACAGUUUCGAGUACGGCGGGUGGUUCUACGUCGAAGUCAUCCCGAACAAGCUGGCCGUGUUCAGCCUGAACACGCUCUACCUCUUCGACCGGAAUGCGGCGGUGGACAACUGUGUCAACCCUUCAGAGCCCGGGUUCAAGCAGCUGGAAUGGCUGCGCAUCCAGUUGGGAUUCAUGCGCGACCGCGGCAUGAAGGCCAUCAUCAUGGGCCACGUGCCACCGGCAAGGACGGCCGGGAAGCAGCUAUGGGAUGAAACUUGCUGGCAGAAGUAUACCCUAUGGCUCCGACAAUAUCGCGAUGUUGUCACUGGCGCGGUUUGGGGCCACAUGAACGUUGAUCACUUCUUCCUCCAGGAUAGCAAAGAGAUCCAACGGGACAAGCUGUCAGGAGGUGAAGCCGACUCGGUCGCUAUUCGCGAGGCGAUGGAGGACGAUAUGUCGGUUCAAUCAAAGGCCGAUUAUCUCCUAGAGCUGAGGUGCGACUGGUCGAAACUCAGCAAGCCAGCGUUGAGCGCCAAUGGGGCGGAUCAAGACAACAAGAAAAAGAAGCACAAGAAACCAGAUCCCUGGUCCGAAAGGUACCAGCUGUCUCUUGUCAGUCCCAGUGUGGUGCCCAACUUUUUCCCAACCCUGCGGGUGUUCGAGUACAAUAUCUCUGGGUUGGAAAAGAACCCGGUCUGGAGCGAUGCCCUCGGGCAGAGCGGUCACUCCACACUCGAAGAGGAUGAGGAAAGGUUGGAGCUCCGGGACACGUUAACUUCUGAGCCCGAACUUGAGACGGAGGAUAGAAGUCAGAGGGCCCAAAUUGAGAAGAAGAAGAAGGGCCGGAAAGGGAAGAAACCCAAGGCCCCCAACCCCAUGAUUCCGGAUCCACCAGCAAAAUCCGCGCCGCCGGGCCCUGCAUACUCCCCGCAACCCCUGACGCUUACGGGCUACACGCAAUACUUUGCCAACCUCACCUACAUCAACAACGACAUGACCGUGGAUGGCGGCGGCGGCGACGGCGACGAGGGGGCGAGCCACGCCGAUGCCUGGUCCCCCUGGCCGAACUGGGUCCAGCGAUGGCGGGAGGGGAAGCACCGGAACAGGGAGCCUAAGAACGCGAAGCCGAAGCCGCGGGAGUUCGAGUUCGAGGUCGAGUACAGCACCUUCGACGACAAGAUGUACGACCUAGCCGAUCUGACCGUCGGGAGCUUCGUGGAGCUCGCGUACCGGAUUGGGAGAGGGUGCGCGGGAGAGGACGGGGUGCGGCUCGGCGCGGAGGGCGGGGCGGACGGUGAUGAGGCCGAGGCGAAUCCUAAGCUUGACUCGGAUUCGGAUUCGGAUUCGGAUUUCGACUCCGAUGCUGAAGUUGAGGCGGAAGCAGAGGGGAAGAAGAAGAAGAAGAAGAAGAGGGAAGCAGAGAAGGCGUGGUUGCACUUCCUCCAGCACGCCUUUGUCAGCACCGUGGAGAAGAAGGACUUGAAGAAGCUCUACUAAUCCAUUGGCGGUUCCAUCUUUUUUUGUAUAUUCUGCCAUGGCUAUGGCAUUGGCAUGGAUGGCACGGAUGGCAUGGACGGCAUGGACGGACGGAUGGAUUGCAUCAGUGCAUUGGGCAUGGCUUAUAAGUUAUGAGGGAUGACGAUUUGCACCUGGUGCAUUCUGGAGUUCAUUGACGAGAAAUGAUGUUUCUGAGUAGGUACCUACGGAUACACACUCACUUUCCUUUCGGGCUUGUUUUGAGAGUACUUACCACUUGCCCAACCGUUUCAUGUACAAGGUACCUUAUCAUAGUAUUCGAUGCCGAGGCAGGACCCUCAAAUUCAAACAAGCCCACCUAAAUGCAAGGAUAGAGCACUGCCACCCCACUUUUCUCGGCGCGCCCUGGCACGGCUGGGCAAACGCUAGCCAAAGAC